GGCCCCAAGUCGGCGUUGUGAACGAACAAAACGAGCCAACCCGCCGAUAAGCCCGACAAGGUCCUCAGCACCAUCCACACAGUGGCGGGUUAAAGUCGUCCAGGGUCCGGGCCUGCUGCUACAAAACGACGGCAGCGUUUAUGGAGUCAGUGACCGUCUUUAGCCAAGACGUGUACCGUUUACCCCUGUAGAAAACGGUCUGCAAGGUUCUGAAAAUGCUCGGUAUGUCGGAUGAAGAUUCCCGUGCCAGCACCAGCUCUUCAUCCUCUUCAUCGUCAACUCAUCAUCAGCAGCCACAGCAACAGGACACAAACACCCUGAAGAAAAGAGAAAGCAAAGCCAGCAUGAGCAAGACUUCCAAACUCCUCUCUACUAGUGCUAAAAGAAUUCAAAAGGAAUUGGCGGACAUAACAUUGGACCCACCACCAAACUGCAGCGCCGGUCCCAAAGGUGACAACAUCUAUGAGUGGAGGUCGACCAUCCUGGGCCCCCCAGGCUCUGUGUACGAGGGGGGAGUGUUUUUCCUGGAUAUCGCCUUCACCCCAGACUACCCCUUCAAACCCCCCAAGGUGACGUUCCGUACGAGGAUCUACCACUGCAACAUCAACAGCCAGGGGGUGAUCUGUCUGGACAUCCUGAAGGACAACUGGAGUCCCGCCCUCACCAUCUCCAAGGUGCUGCUGUCCAUCUGCUCCCUGCUCACUGACUGCAACCCUGCCGACCCUCUGGUUGGAAGCAUCGCCACACAGUACACAACAAACAGACCCGAACACGACAGGAUAGCCAAACAGUGGACCAAACGCUACGCCACAUAAUCAGCAGAGGAGCUGCUGAUUGGACCACUUGGGGGAUGUGGGGGCGUUAACUUUAGGGGGCUGCGCGGCUCCCAGCAGAGGAGGAAGGCUUGAUUAGACAGAGGGGCGGGUGGAUUUUUCAUCUCAGAAUUGAAGUCUUAACUCCGGAACGUUUUUGUUGUUUAUUGUAUGUUUUAAGUUAUCUCCGGCCCAAUAACUAUAACUCCAAUCUGGCAAUAAUGCAUUCAUUGUUUUCUCUUUUGAAUUUUUAGCUUGUGCUUGAAGAUGGACAUUACUAAUCUGCUAGAUGAAAUGUAUCACAGCAUGAUUCCCGGUCAAUUGCGUGCGUGUACAUUUUCUCCCAUGUACUAAAUUCCAGUUGGUGUUUGCUUGACCCCCCAAACUCCUGGUCUUUGCAGAGGUGUGUCACACAUGUAGACAUGUUUAAAUAUGGAUGGAAAUUGGUUGUGAUUUGUGUUCUUUCACAAUAAAAAGCUGUUCUGUUUCUCCCUUAAAAAAAUUAAAACAUGCCCAACUGAAG